AUGUGGUAUCUCAAAAAUACCUUCGGAAUUAUAACCCUUCAAGUUGGUAUCAUUUCAUUCAGUUCAGUGUUUAUAACUUUUGCAGUAUGUAUUUUACUAGUUAACGCAUUGUCUCUAGAUAUAGAAGAACCAAUGGCAUGGAUAAUCAUGUUUAUGUUUAUUUUUACUAUGAUCAUUAUAUGGUCGAUUGCUUUCCGUGGAGCUUUCAAAGAACUACAACAUUUAAUUUCUAUGGCUACGGUAUGUUGGGCAGUUUAUUUUGUACUAUGGAAUGUAUUAGUUAUUUGGUCAUUUAUUCAACAAAACAAGAACAUUUGUAUCGGAGCUAGAUGUCCAAAUGCGUUAUGGCUAAUAAACAAUUCAUGGUAUGAAUUUAAACAUAGCGCCAAUGGAAAAAAUAAAACAAAUAAUUUUAAAGGAUUAGCAAAAGUUAAACCGUUAAUCGAACAAUUGGGAGGUUAUAAUGAAAUAGUUAGUACAUUCAAUGAGACACGCAUGACACCAGAAAAUCAAAGAAAUUUAAUUUUAUCCGUAAUAUUAAUAAUUGUUUAUACAAUUAUAUUACUAUAUUCAUGGGCAAUAUUAUUCAGUUAUCGAAAAGAAAUUCAGAGCAAGAUAAAUUCAGAAACACAAUGA